UGGCAGCGGACCGCAUUUUUAGUGUCGCUUCCCUUUGCUCUUUCUGAAAUCGAUGUGGACAGAAUAAUGCCCGAGCGGGAGAGCUGUGGGAAAAAGUGUAUUCCGGGAGUUUGUCCGCCUCCACAGAAGCAGUCCGCGUUCUAAACGCACUUUGGACUCGGUCUCUGUGCAUGGAGCUCUGUGGCUGUCCACACAUCGAAUAGGAUAGGAAAGAGGUUGAGAGAGAGAAGGCGAGUGAGAGCGAGAGAGAGAGAGGGGGGGGGAAAUAAUCAGGAAGAACUCUCAGCGCACCUUUUAGUUCUCCGAUAUGCAGAUUUGCUGAUAAAACAUCAGUUAUCUGUUCAUCUCAUACAGGUCGUGGAAAACUGCGAGUGCAUGGGAAUCUUUAACUCGUUUUUUCUUCACCGGGGUAUCUCGCCUUGAUUUCGUAUAAAACCCAGCACGAAUGUGAGCUGUAAUACUAGGCUACUGACGGCUCUAGCGGCUCCUUAUUGGCAUUUUCACGUCUAGGCUACUACAACUACUUCUGCCUGUGGACCGUACUGUUAUAUAUUGUGACAGGUUUCGAAAGCAGAGGAGGCUCACCACUCCAGAAUCAUGGGACACUUUCAGCUCUCCCCCCUGCUCUCCCUUGGCCUUCGGCUUGUGGUUGUCUUAGCAAUCAUGUUUCUCAAAUUCCAACAUGUGACGGCUAUGUCCUCAGACGUGGACCUGGAUCAGUUUGUGUCUCCAACUGCCAGCGGCAAUGUUACUGUGUGCACCACAGCAGGCACAGCAUGCGAAAAAGGGGUGAUUCUGCCUAUCUGGGAACCUCAGAAUCCCUCGUUUGGGGACAAAGUGGCACGAGCGACAGUCUAUUUCGUGGCCCUGGUGUACAUGUUCCUGGGAGUGUCCAUCAUCGCUGACCGUUUCAUGGCGUCCAUCGAGGUCAUCACCUCUCAGGAGAAAGAGAUCACCAUCAAGAGACCCAACGGAGAGACCACCACCACCACCGUGCGGAUCUGGAACGAGACAGUGUCCAAUCUCACGCUCAUGGCCCUGGGUUCAAGUGCCCCUGAGAUCCUACUGUCCGUCAUUGAGGUUUGCGGCCACGGUUUUGAUGCAGGAGCCUUGGGUCCUAGCACCAUCGUGGGCAGCGCCGCCUUCAACAUGUUUGUCAUCAUUGGCAUCUGUGUGUACGUGGUGCCCGACGGGGAGGUCCGUAAGGUCAAGCACCUGCGCGUCUUCUUCGUCACAGCCACCUGGAGCAUCUUCGCCUACAUCUGGCUCUACCUGAUCCUGGCUGUCAUCUCCCCCGGCAUAGUGCAGGUGUGGGAGGGCCUGCUCACCCUCUUCUUCUUCCCCAUCUGCGUGUUGUUCGCCUGGGUCGCUGACCGACGCCUCCUCUUCUACAAGUACGUCUACAAGCGCUACCGUACCGGCAAGCAGCGGGGCAUGAUCAUUGAGACCGAGGGUGACCGCCCGCUCCCGUCCAAAGUUGACAUUGAGAUGGACGGAAAGAUGCUCAACUCUCACGCGGUGGACUUCCUAGACGGGCCUCUGGGGCUGGAGCUGAACGUGAAGGACCUGGAUGAGGAGGAGACCCGGCGCGACAUGGCCAAGAUCCUCAAGGAGCUGAAGCAGAAGCACCCAGACAAGGAAAUGGAGCAGCUGAUUGAACUGGCCAACUACCAGGUGUUGAGUUCGCAGCAGAAGAGCAGGGCCUUCUACCGCUGCCAGGCCACCAGACUCAUGACCGGCGCUGGGAACAUCCUGAAGAAGCAUGCGGCUGACCAGGCCCGCAAGGCCGUCAGCUUGCACGAGGUUCGCUCUGAUAUGGCCGAUAACGACCCCAUUUCCAAGAUCUACUUUGAACCCGGCUCCUACCAGUGCCUGGAGAACUGUGGCACAGUGGCAGUUAACGUGCUACGGCGAGGCGGUGACCUGACCAAGACAGUGUCGGUGGAGUUCCGUACAGAGGAUGGAUCAGCCAACGCGGGCUCGGACUACGAGUUCACCGAGGGGGUGGUGGUGUUCAAGCCCGGCGAGACCCAGAAGGAGAUCCGUGUGGGCAUCAUUGAUGAUGACAUCUUUGAGGAGGAUGAGAACUUCCUGAUCCACCUGAGCAACGUCAAAGUGCUGCUGUCAGAGGGAGAGGAGGUAGAGAACCCAGAGACCAAUCACGUGGAGGCGGUGGCCUGUCUCGGCCUGCCUGCCACGGCAACCGUGACCAUCUUUGACGACGACCACGCCGGCAUCUUCACGUUCGAGGAGCCGGUGGCACACGUGAGUGAGAGUGUGGGCACCAUGGAGGUGAAGGUGCUGCGUACGUCAGGGGCACGUGGGGUCGUCAUGGUGCCCUACAAGACUGUGGAGGGCACGGCACACGGAGGAGGAGAGGAUUUCGAAGAUACACACGGGGUCCUGGAGUUUCAGAACGAUGAAAUCUUGAAGACCAUAACCAUUCAAAUACUUGACCGUGAGGUGUAUGAUAAACACAGCUACUUCACCCUAGAGCUGCAGACGCCACAAUGGAGAAGGAGAGGCCGGACAGCUACAGAGGUGGCUGUGAAGGAGGUGGAAGAGGAGACGCCACUGACAGAAGUGGAUGAUGAGGACCAACGCAUCGCUGAUAUGGGCCGACCCACGCUGGGGGACCACGUCAAACUUGAAAUCAUCAUUGAGGAAUCCUACGAGUUUAAGAACACUGUGGACAAGCUGAUUAAGAAGACAAACCUGGCCCUGCUGGUGGGGACUAACAGCUGGAGAGACCAGUUCAUCGAGGCCAUCACCGUCAGUGCCGGUGAGGAUGACGAGGAUGAAGAAUGCGGCGAGGAGAAGCUGCCGUCCUGCUUUGACUACGUCAUGCACUUCCUCACCGUCUUCUGGAAGGUUCUGUUUGCGUUCGUGCCCCCGACAGACUACUGGAAUGGCUGGGCCUGCUUCGUGGUGUCCAUCUGCAUGAUCGGCCUGCUCACAGCCUUCAUCGGGGACCUGGCCUCCCACUUCGGCUGCACCGUGGGCCUCAAGGACUCUGUCACCGCCGUGGUGUUUGUUGCCCUGGGGACCUCUGUGCCAGACACCUUUGCCAGUAAGGUGGCAGCCAUCCAGGACCAGUAUGCUGACGCAUCCAUCGGCAACGUGACGGGCAGCAACGCGGUCAAUGUGUUCCUGGGCAUCGGCGUGGCCUGGUCCAUGGCUGCCAUCUACCACAACUCCAAGGGCAACGACUUCAAGGUAGACCCGGGGAGCCUGGCCUUCUCCGUCACUCUCUUCACCAUCUUCGCCUUCAUCUGCGUGGGGGUGCUGAUGUACCGGAGGCGACCUUCGAUCGGCGGCGAGCUGGGGGGUCCGCGGACUCCCAAGAUACUGACCACCAUGCUGUUUGUCAGCCUGUGGCUGCUGUACAUUCUGUUCUCCUCGCUGGAGGCCUACUGCCACUUCAAGGCCUUCUAAACAGCAUCAGACUUAAGAAGGCCCAAGAAGAGCUAACCAGAGACAAGAAGGAGGCAACAGCAGUGGUGAAAAACAUGUUCCUCUUGUCAUUAAUAACUCCCCCUUUCCUCCUAUCCCCCUUUUAAGAAGUGAAAGAUCUGCCCCCCUCUGUCCCCAUGGUCUAGUGCUUAAUGGAUGAAACUGGUUGUUCAGGCGAGGAGAGGCCUGUCAAGGCUAGGACAGACACCCCUAUGAAGUCUGUAGAAUGGCAGACUGUGUGUGUGUGUGUGUGUGUGUGUGUGUGUGUGUGUGUGUGUGUGUGUGUGUGUGUGUGUGUGUGUGUGUGUGUGUGUGUGUGUGUGUGUGUGUGUGUGUGUGUGUGUGUGUGUGUGUGUGUGUGUGUGUGUGUGUGUGUGUGUGUUCGUGGGAGCGUGUGCGUUUGUGGGUGUGUGUGUGUGUGUUUGCGGGAGCGCGUGUGUGUUUGUGAGUGCGUGUGUGUUUGUGGGUGUGUGUGUUUGUGGGUGUGUGUGUGUGUUUGUGGGUGCGUGUGUGUUUGUGGGUGUGUGUGUUUGUGGGUGCGUGUGUGUUUGUGGGUGUGUGUGUCUGUGGGUGUGUGUGUUUGUGGGUGCGUGUGUGUGUGUUUGUGUCUGUGGGUGCGUGUGCGUGGGUGUGUGUAUUUGUGGGUGUGUGUGUUUGUGGGUGCGUGGGUGUGUGUGUUUGUGGGUGCGCGUUUGUGGGUGUUUGUGGGUGUGUGUGGGUGUGUGUUUGUGGGUGUGUGGGUGUUUGUGGGUGCAUGGGUGUGUGCAUCCUGAAGGGGGAGCUGUUUAGUAUAUCUCUUACUACUCAGCAACCGUGAAGAAACAGCAUCGUCCACGCCUGGCGCUCGUUUCAAACUAAACACUAGAAAACAUAUGAGUGAAAUCCUUUAAUUCCCCUGACCAUCAUUAUUGAUAUGUAUAUGCAUGAACAUCCCCCCCCAAAAAAUGAUUCAGCUGUUAACAAACGUAGUGGUUGGGAGUAACAGCUACUUUUAAAGAAGGUCUCUCCUCUGUGUGCGAGUCUUAAUUAAUCUCAGUUAAGGCCUGGCUGCAAGAGCUGCCCACCACCUUCUGAUCCUCGGUUUGAUCCCCAGUAGAAAAUCUGAUUAGGGUUCCUCUGUUAUUUAUCUUGCCGCAGAUGUAGUUAUGUAAAAGAUGAAAAUCAUGGAGUUUAGUAUCAUUUUACCUUUAAGGCCGUAUCGUUUUUGAAUGGCCAGCGUUACCAUUUUAACUUUCAGAUAACUCGUUGUCAACUUAAAUGAUCAUUUUCAAAACUAGCCCAAGAUGGCUUUUCCAGUUUAGUCAAUGGGAUUGUCAUCACCGCCAUACUUGAUUCAAAUUGCAAUAGAAUGCAGAGAAGCCAUACUGUAUAAGCUCUGUCCAUUGGCUACACGCCUUUCAGCAGCUUCUCCCAUUGGCUCUUCCUCUCCAUAUGUGGUGUCUAAGUUCCUCCCUGACUGGUCUUUCUAUCAGUCCCAAUCUUCUGUGGACUCUACAGCCAGUUCUAAAACCACUAACCCUAACCAGAAACUUUAACCCUUUACCCCUCCGCCUUAUCCUAAACCCGCCUCUAUCAUAAACCCGCCCCUAUCCUAAACCCACCCCUAUCCUAAACCCGCCCCUAUCCUAAACCCACCCCUAUCCUAAACCCACCCCUAUCCUAAACCCGCCCCUAUCCUAAAUCCACCCCUAUCCUAAACCCGCCCCUAUCCUAAACCCACCCCUAUCCUAAACCCACCCCUAUCCUAAACCCGCCCCUAUCCUAAACUCGCCCCUAUCCUAAACCCACCCCUAUCCUUAACCCACCCCUAUCCUAAACCCGCCCCUAUCCUAAACCUGCCCUCAACACUUAACCCACAUGUUCUUCUCUCUCCACUGAGCUGCACAUCUUCAUUUAUAUUCCAUCAAACAAUAUCUUAAACAUAAAUAUAUCAAUUGUAAUGGUGGACAGAAGUGUAGAUUAAACUGUUUCUAUGAUGUAGUAGCCCUAUAGAGACAUUUUACAGAAGUUCAAAGUGAAGCUGGUGAGAAAUACAUUGGCUGGGUAUUUUCUCUUUUCAGAGGUAAAAAGCUUUUGUCGAAAUGAUGCAAUCAUUUAAAUCCACCUUACUGUCAGUCUCGAGAUAUAAGGGUUUACAUUCAAGACUACACGUCCAGUUUAGGCAAACAGAUCAAUCCAUAUGUGGAAGAUGAAGGCAGUUCACAUUAUUUACACCUUCAAUCAAUGUUUUAUGUUAAAGGUGUGAUGAAUACCCUGAGUUUCCUACUGAGUUGGAUUUAUACUUGAUGUGUAACGUGAUAAUGAAGUAGAAGUAAUCAUAGAGUUGUAGUUUGAUUUAGAAAAUUAUAAACAUAGCAAGAUUUUGUAUUUUCUUGUCAUUUCUCACCACAGAAUUUGCAGCCCCAAGAAGGUUCUAGAUUAAAGUAUUUACAGUGCAUUCAGAAAGUUUUUAGACCCCUUGACUUUUUCCACGUUUUGGUACGUUACAGCCGUAUUCUAAAAUGGAUUAAAUAGGUUUUUUCCUCAUCAAUCUACACACAAUACCCCAUAUUGACAAAGAAAAAUAUAUAUUUUUUUACAUUUUUGCAAAUGCAAUAAAAAAAAAUAUAUGAAAUAUCACAUUUACAUAAGUAUGCAGACCCAGUCUGAGUUCUUGAGCAGAUUUUCAUCAAGGAUAUCUCUGUAAUUUGCUCCAUUCAUCUUUCCCUCGAUCCUUACUAGUCUCCCAGUCCCACCAUGCUUCACCGUAGGGAUGGUGCCAGGUUUUCCCCAGACGUUUCGCUUGGCAUUCAGGCCAAAGAGUUCAAUCUUGGUUUCAUCAGACCAGAGAAUCUUGUUUCUCAUGGUUUGAGAGUCCUUUAGGUGCCUUUUGGCAAACUCCAAGUGGGCUGUCAUGUGCCUUUUACUGAGGAGUGGCUUCCGUCUGGCCAAUCUACCAUAAAGUCCUGAUUGGUGGAGUGCUGCAGAGAUGGUUGUCCUUCUGGAAGGUUCUCCCAUCUCCACAGAAGAUCUCUGGAGCUCUGUCAGAGUGACCAUUGGGUUUUUGGUCACCUCCCUGACCCAGGCCCCUCGCCCCCGACUGCUCAGUUUGGCCGGGCGACCAGCUCUAGGAAGAGAACAAACUUCUUCUAUUUAAGAAUGAUGGAUACCCUGUCAACUCUGGGAGAAUAUAGACCUUUCCAAAUCAUGUCCAAUCAAUUGAAUUUACCACAAGUGGACUCCAAUCAAGUUGUAGAAACAUCAAGGAUGAUCAAUGGAAACAGGAUGUACCUGAUUUCAAUUUCAAGUCUCAUAGCAAAGUGUCUGAAUACUUAUGUAAAUAAGGUAUUUUUUUUUCAAUUUCAAUAAAGUUGCAAAAAAUUCCAAAAACCUGUUUUUGCUUUGUCCUUAUAGGGUAUUGUGUGUAGAUUGAUGAGGAUUUUUUUCUUUAAUCCAUUUUAGAAUAAGGCUGUAACAUAACAAAAUGUGGAAAAGGUCAAGGGGUCUGAAUACUUUCCGAAGGCACUGAAUAUGGAAGUCAAGUGCAGUUUACUCCUCUUUUGCCAAAGGGAACUAUGUCUAAUGGAAACUCCAGUAACAGCUUAGCCAGAAUAGUAGUGGGUUUUCUAACACACUGACAUUUCUUAACAACACCAAAAAGAUCCCUCCGCGGUACUAAAAGUCUUGCUGUUGUUUAACCAAAACAGAAUAUUUCGAAUGACAAAUGUGUAUAAAAACGUUCACAUUUCAUGAGGAUGGGUUAAUGCUUGCUUGUCUCCUUGCUUACCUGGUCUAAAGUGAACUUGUUCACGAAUGACCACCGGUGGUAAGAGUUUUUAAGGUUCAUGGUGGGGGUGUGGAGUUUCUAUUACAGUAGCUGUUGGUUAAUUAUGAAGGUGGUGGCAUCAAGCUCUGGAGUAGCUCUAUAUGUUUUUUUGUAUGGAGUGGGGUGCGAUGUUUCAAUGUGAAGGAAAAACAUUGCACUGGUUCCCGAGUUUGUAAUGAAAAGGAUGACAGUGCUUAUAUGCUGAUGGUGACCCUGCUGUUUCGGGAUUAUGUGAUCUUUCACUGACCUGAAAACAUUACUAUGACAAUUGAAUAGUUAAAAAUACCUCAAACCCUAAUAUCAAGUUAACCAACUACAAUGAAAAGAGGAGAAAGAGAAAGAAGAAAUAACAUGUGAAGUAUAGCCAUACAUUGUGUACUGGUGCAGUGAAGCACGAGGUCUUCUCCUGCCCAGCAUGUGUCGCUAUGGUGACUACACCGGGACUCUGCAGCGCAGCAUCUCUCUGUACCCUCUUACUCCCCCCCAUGUCCAUAUUUUGGAAUGUUAAUGUGCUACUUGUUCACACUGUGCAUGAAUGAUAACAUGUCUGUAUAUAAUAAGCAGUAUCCCAUUCGUUGAUGUUGAUGGAGGUUUGAAUGUUGUAUAGAUUUGGACUUGUUGUGUCCCCACCCUCACCCGAGCUUGGUUCCCAACUUUACCAAUUGCCUGGGCUGUUCCCGACUGGCUGCCCCAUCUGUCUCCAGUACGCGUGGCUUCACCGCCGUGUGGAAGGGGAUUGGGGGGGCAGUUGGUUAAACGGGUCUCACAUCCAUCCGCUAUAUCCCAGUGGGGACUUGGACGUGAUAGGGCUUCGGGUCUCUCACCCGAGCUCGGUUCCCUGCAUCUCCAUGUCACAUGGGUUGCGAGCUGACCGGGUCCCCCCCCCCCCACGCACCCAUGUACUAGAAUGUUUUAUUUGAAGUUAAAUAUUGCACAUUCAGUUAAAAAAAGGCAAUAUCUGCUAUUGUUGAAGGAGGGUGAGAACUUAAAGAGUUCUGUAUCUUAAGGGAGUUGCAUGGGAAUUUGUACAAAAGACACUGCUUGCUUAUAAUGACAUGGCUGGUUGUGUUAUUUGACAGUGUAAGAGAACUAUGUACACCAAAAGCUAUUUUGUCAUGAAGAGAUCAUAUGUAUAUACUGUAUAGUGUUAACAGAGAGAGGUCUGAUACCUCCACAUAUCUUAGAGAAUUCUACAUAUUUAUUUUAAAACCCUCACUAAACUCAAGAAUGACAAAUAUUGCCUUUUUGGAGAAGUAGUUUGCUUAAGUGCUAGUUUUGCUCUCUCUCUCUGUUCCUGCUAUGCUGAGCAGUGUUUUGUCUUUGAUACCUGAGAAGUGUAAUUUCUUCGGGAUGGUUUCAUUCUUUGUCUCAAAAUGUCUGUCUGUCUGUCUGUCUGUCUGUCUGUCUGUCUGUCUUAUCUACCUGGUAUGUGCCUGCCUCUCUGUCUCGCUGGCUGGCUGGUACUGUACAUGCCUAUCUGUCUCUGUCCCUGUUGAGUGUCUGUCUGUCUAUCUGUCUGUACUUGAUGUGUGUCAUCUGAAUAGCACCACCCACCCGCCGCCCAGAUGGACCUGUAGUUUUCAGGGUUCUAAUAUCUCUCACGUUCUCUCUCAUUUUCCCUCCUUGCAUUCCCUGCCUCUCCCUCCUUAACUUUCUCUCAAGCUCACCCUGUCGAUCUGUCAUGUUCUUGCUGUCUCUCUUACAGGGUUAAGUUUGCUGUUUGUUUUGUCAUAUUGAUUAUAAUUGAUAGAAUAUCAUGAUUUUGUCUUAUUUUUGUUCAUGUCUGUGUUUUUUUUCUUUAUGUUGCACACCAACUAAUAGGAAGAAGUACACUAACUGUGAUUACUCUACAUGGUACACUUCUGACACAGAAAAUAAAGUUUGGGAUACCCUGUUUCAAAGA